AUGCCGACUGAGUUCCAUCUCUUCUCUGCUCUCCCAACCAAGCUAAGGCAACAGAUCUGGAGUCUAGCUAUUCGCCCGAAAGAGCCAGGAGUUCACAUAUUCCGAGUUUACGGUACUUCUUGGGAUCAUCAGUCUCCGAAGGCCGUCCAGUUCUCAUACAGCAAGGAUCGAUUUCGUGAACUGAAUUGCGAUGAGCUUGGUCUUGCUGUACCUUUGGCCCACGAGGCUCCUGCCAACAAGCCUAGCGCGAAGAGUGUGUCAACAUAUAUGAUUGAUGCUGGACUAUGGAUUGCUUGUCAUGAAUCAAUGACCAUGAUGCGAAAAGCCUUUACAAGGCCCAGGAGUGUCGAGUGCGGCAAAGUUCGUGUCCCGGAGCCAGUGAUGGGCUACUACAUCUCUGGAAGUGCGCCACUUUACUUCACAAUAAAUCCUGCGCAUGGCCUUCUUAUCCUGCGACCGGACAGUAUGAGCCUCAACCUGGAAGACAUUGAUCAGGCGCUGAGCUACCGCAUCUCGUAUGUUGGCAUCGAAUAUGAGUCAGAUUGGGGGCCGCAACUGUUUGAAAUGCACUAUAACAACGGAGAAUGUCCAGCACUUAACCAGAUUUCAACCCUGUUCCAAAGCUGCACUUCGCAAGGCAUAUGGCUUGUCGAUUACAACCUAAAGGGAAAGGCAAACGCUCCUCCUUCUGAAGGUUUAUGCUUCUAUGCACGCGACAGGAGGCUAAUACAGGUGGACAUCUGGGGUGACGGUCUUCUGAAGCACUGGGAGUAUAUCGAGCCAGUUCCAGAUAUAGAAAGGUCUUCAUUCGCGUUCGCACUAGGGCUAGAUGUCAGGACACAAAAUCCAUACCACGAAGCGGUGCGACAAGAAAAGUCCGAGGCUUUCCCUACUUCUGUACAUCUUCUUGGAUGGGAUACGUAUUGA